AUGGAUUUUGCAUACAAACAGGAAGCGGAAGAAGAUUGUUUAAUUAGCUUAGAUUAUAUAUUAGAUAAAUAUGACUUAUAUCGAGAUAAUAUUAUAAACAAUGUUGAGUUAAGAAAACUACUAGAUAGAUUUAUUUUUCAAUACAACAGUAUUGAUGAGUGUGAGAAAAAGUUGUUAGAACUUUUGAGUAAUAAUGAAAAAUAUGGUAUGGAUAAGAUAGAAAAAUAUUAUUUAUUUAUUACAAAUAUAAUUAAAGAAAUAUGUCACAUUGAAUUAAUACCUAUAAUAUAUAAUAAAAUAUUACAAGAGAAAGAUAAGAAAGAUAAUACUUUUAUUGUGAAUCGACAAGAAUUUUUAAAAAAUGAAAAUAAAAAAGAAUCUGAAGAAGAUUAUAAAAUAAUAUCAGGAUCUAUAUAUAAAAAAUAUAUAUUAGUAUUAAUUAAAAUAUUAUAUCAUUCAUAUAAAUUAUCUUAUAAUUAUCAAAAGAAUUUAAUAACAUCUAUAUCAUAUAUAUGUAUAUUAAUGUCAAAAUAUGAUACAGUUAAUUUACCUCAUGAAUCCAUACCAGAAUUAAUAUAUAGAAUUUUUUGGAAAUAUUUUUCUCAAAAUUUUAAUAUAAUAAAUGAAACAUUUUUUACUCAACAUAAUGAUGAAAUUGUUUUAUCUUCGUCCUGUUCUUCUUCUAUGUCUAGCUUAUCAGAUGAUUCUUCAGAUUUAUCCUCAGGAUUUUUAUCCUCAAGUGAAGAUCUUUUUCGAAAAAAUGAUUUAAAAGCGAUAGCACAAAGGAUGGGAAUUUCUUUAGAUUCUGAAAAGGAUGUUAGUAAUGAAAUUAGUUGUGGGGGUACACCCAAAGAACCUGGUGAAAAAAAAGUUAGAAGAAGACGAAGGAGAACUAAAAAGAAUGCUACAGGAGAUACUAAUAUAACAGGUGAUGAUAACAAAGAAGAUAUAAAUAAUAAGGAGGAAGGAGUUGAACCGGGUGCUGCACAAUUAAUAAAAAAUGAAAAUGCAAUGCAAGACCAAGGGACUGUUGUAAAAAAAAGAGGUAAGAGAAGAAAAAGGACCAUACUCACAGAAGAGAAUAAUAAUAAUAAUGAUGAUAAUAAAAAUGUGAAUGUUAUCAAUAAUGAUGAUAAUAAAAAUGUGAAUGUUAUCAAUAAUGAUGAUAAUAAAAAUGUGAAUGUUAUCAAUAAUGAUGAUGGUAAUAAAAAUGUAAAUGUUAUCAUUAAUGAUGAUGGUAAUAAAAAUGUAAAUGUUAUCAAUAAUGAUGAUGGUAAUAAAAAUGUAAAUGUUAUCAUUAAUGAUGGUAAUAAAAAUGUAAAAAUUGAAUGUGAUACAAACACACAGAAUAAGGAUGCUAGUGUUAACAAUAAUGUUAUACAUGCAAAGUCAAAUAUUAAUGAAGAGGAUAUAAAAACAUAUAUACGCAUAAAAAAUGAAGCAGAGAAAGAUAACAAGAUGAAUACACCUGUUUUGGUAAAUACGGAGAAUAAGACAAAAGUUGAAGAAAAUGUGGAUACAUUAUGGAAUAAAUUAGAUAUAAAUGAUGAGAAUGUUUUUUUUGUAAAUAUUAUAUUAAAUAUAUAUAUUAAUUUAUUUAAUAUAAAAAAUAUGGAAGUAUUCUUAUUUUAUCAUGAAAAUGAAAUUACAUAUAAGAAAUUUUUAUUAGAUAAUAUUGAAGUUAUAGUAAAUCAAAUAAAAUCUAUGAUGAAUAAGGUAAAAAAUGAUAUGAGUGUAUGUAUAAUACAUUUUUUAAACUUGAUUCUUUUUAUUCUGAUAUAUCUUAAUGAUUUAGCGAGAAAAAAUAAAAAGAAAGGUCAAAUGAAUCACAUAAAAAGUAAUCCAUACAAUGAUAUAAAAAGCAAUGAAUGUAUUAAUUUAAAAAAUGGUGAUAAGAAUAAUAUAAUGAGGAAUUAUAAGACUAGUAUAAUAAGUAACAAUAAUAAUGAUAAUGUGAUAAAUAAGGAUAAUAUGAUAAAUAAUGAUAAUAUAAUAAACAAUGAUAAUAUGAUAAAUAAUGAUAAUAUGUUAAAUAAUGAUAAUAUGUUAAAUAAUGAUAAUAUGUUAAAUAAUGAUAAUAUGUUAAAUAAUGACAAUAUGUUAAAUAAUGACAAUAUGUUAAAUAAUGACAAUCUGUUAAAUAAUGACAAUAUGUUAAAUAAUGACAAUAUGUUAAAUAAUGAUAAUAUAUUAAAUAAUGAUAAUAUGUUAAAUAAUGAUAAUAUGUUAAAUAAUGAUAAUAUGUUAAAUAAUAAUAAUAUGAUAUAUAAUAAUAAUGUUAGAAAAAGUGUUUCUGGGAAAACAAAAAAAGAUACUUCGAUAAUUGAAAAAGCCGAUUGCUUAUUAAGAGAUACACAAAAAAGUGGAAAUAUUGGAAGAUAUAUUUCUAAUUCUAGUAGCGAGAUUUUAAAGAAAAAUAUUUCUUCUGGAAUAAUUCAUAAGGAUUUAUCAAAUGUUAGUAGAAAAAAGGAGAAUGUUACAAAUAGUUAUAAUUCAAGUGUUGAAAGUAAAUUAAAUAAAAACUUUUCCUAUAGUAAUGAUACAGUAUCUGUUAAUAGUAGUAUAUUUAAUAAUAAUAUAAUAAAUAAUAAAACAUUUAAGAAGAAAGGUAUAUUAUCCAAUCAUAGUAAUAGUAGUUAUAUGAACAAUAGUGAUAUAAACAGCAUAUCAUACAAUAAAAAUAAUAUAACAUCAUUUGAUAAUAAUAAUAAUAAUAAUAAUAAUAAUGUAAAUUAUGAAUAUUGUAGUAAUGUUGAUUUAUGUUCUAAUAGUUUUAAUGAUAAUAAUAAUAAUAAUAAUAAUAAUAUUAUGAGUGAAAUUAAUUAUAAUAGGAUAAACCAUGAAGGUACAUUUCAUAGUAUAGAGAAUAACAAUAUUACAAGUAAUAGUUAUAAUAUUCAUAAUAAUAGUGAUGAUAAUUUUAUACAUAAUUAUAAUAAUAUUAUGACGAAAGGGUCGGUGGAUAUAGAUAAUAAAAUAUAUAACUCAAAAAAUAAUAUUCAUAAUAAUAUGAAUAAUAAUAUAAAUAAUAAUUAUGUUGGUGCUUUUAACAAUUAUAAUAAUAUACCUUAUAAUGAUGUAUCAAAUAAUUCAAGCUUAGGUAAUAAAUAUAAUAGUGAUGAGGAUGACUUAUAUGUUUUAUAUGAUGAAAAUAGCUUUAUUAAUAAUUUUGAUUAUGUUAAAAAUAUAAUUGAGAAAAAGAGAAAAGGGCUUUAUUAUGUAAUAGUUGACACUAUUAAUAAUUUAUAUAAUACAACAUUUUUAGAAAUAUUAGAUAAUUUAUUAAAAUGUGUUGAAAUUUUUUUUAAUGAUGAAAAUGUUGUCAUAGUAAAUAAAAUAUUUUCUUAUAUGUUAGAAAGUAUAAAUUAUUGUAAUGAAAUAAAUAAAUACAAAAUUUAUAUGUUCAUAUUAAGUAAAAUUGAUAAAUUUAUUAAAAUUAAACGUUAUAAUGAAGAUAAUAAUUCUACAUUAAAUAAUUAUAAUUGUUAUUUUUUAUUACAUCUCAUACUUAAUAUAUUUAAAACAUCUAAGAAAGAACGAAAUAUUUGGACUAUAUUAUUUGAAGUGCAUUUAAGUAAAACCAAGAGAAAGCGAUCCUCAAAGAGAAAUAAUUCAAGUUUUAAUAUGAUAAAAGUAAAUGUAAGUAAUAAUAGUAAUAAUAUAAUGAUAAACAAAAGUAUUAGUAAUAAUAAUAAUAAUAAUAUUGUUCUAAGUAGUAAUGAUGUUGACAAAAAUAAUAAUAAUAAUAAUAAUAAUAAUAAUAUAUCUUAUAAUAAUAAUAUGUAUUUAUCCUCCUUUUUAAAAAAUAAUAAAAAAUUGAAAAUUAUAAAAAGUGAAGAUAUAACUACCUGUAAUAAAAAAAAAGUACAAGAAAUAGAUACCAAUUUAUAUGAUGGAAAAAACUUUAUAUUAAAUAAUAUCAUAAAUUUUUUAUUAGAAUGUUGUAUAAGUAAUGGUUGUAUUAUUAGAUAUAUGAGUUUACGAGUUUUUUAUAAGAUGACCAAGUUAUUUAUUUUAUAUAUAAAAAAUAGGAAAUUAGAAUAUGAAGAAUUAAUAUUAAAAAAUUAUUUAAUAAAAUCUGUUUAUCAGAAUUUUUUUGUCUGUAUAUUUAACUUUUUAAAAGAGCCCGAUACUAAUAUAUAUGUAUAUGUUAAAUUAAGAAAUUUAUGUAUCAAUUUGUUAUAUAUAUGUAGCAAAUUAAUGUCAUCAAAUUUUCUGAGUGAUUUUUAUGAAAGGGUUAUAUGUUCUAAUUUACAUUCGGUUAAACGGUUUUACAAAACGGUAGAAGAAAACACAACCAGUGGUAAUAAUAAUGAUAAUAAUGAUAAUAAUAAUGAUAAUGAUAAUAAAAAUGAUAAUGAUAAUGAUAAUAAUAAUGAUAAUGAUAAUAUUAUUAAUAAUAAUAAUAAUAAUGACAAUAAUAAGAUCCUUUUGGAAGAGAAAACACAAAUACAAAAUCAAGGACAUCUAGAUAAAGAACAUAAUAAAAAUGUCGAUGAAAACUCUCCUUGUGAUAAUCACAACCAUUUGAAAAGUGCAUAUUCUUUAUUCAUAAAAAAUUCUAGAGACCUGUAUUUAUUUACAUUAAUGGUUAUAUAUAAAAAAUAUCGUUGCAUCGAAAAUUUUAAAAUACUGAAAAAGAUUCUUAAAUUAUCAACCGAAGAGAUUAAUAUUAUAUUGAAUAAUUUAAUAAUUUCUGCACAUCAUAAUAAUAGUAACAAUAAUAAUAAUAAUAACAACAACAAUAAUAAUAAUAACAAUAAUAACAAUAAUAAUAAUAAUAAUAAUUGUAAUAAAGAUGGUGGUGUUGUUCGGACGAGAAGAAAAGAAAUUAAUAAGGUUGACAAGUUAUAUAUAAAAAAUAUAAAUAUUGAUGAUUUUAUACCUAAAGAAUAUUACAUAAAAUUGAAAAAUAAAGGAGAUGAUAAAAAUAAAGAAAAAAAUGAUUUAAAAGAAAUAGUAUAUAAGAAAUUAUAUUUUAUAAAUAUCUUUUUUUUUAGAGAAUUAAAAACACAUGAUUGUUAUGAUAAUACAUUUGUAUAUUAUAUAUAUAAUUGUAUUUAUUGUUUUUUCCAUAUAUAUAUAAAUAGAUUUGCAUUCUUUAUAAUAUUUAUAAAACAAGAACAUAUGAAUCUUCAUGAUUAUAUAUAUUCAGAUAUAUGUAAUAAAGAAGCACAAAUGGAUACAACAUCUGAUGAUUUUAAAAAUGUUCAAGAAUUUAUUUCUCAAAUGUUGGCAUUGUUAAAAAGUUAUCUUCAUGUUGUUAUAUUAAUUGAAGAUCAUAUAAUUAAAACUAAUUUGGAAAAUUUGUUAAAAAAGAAAAAAGGAAUAAGAGGAAGGAAUAAAGGUAAAGACGAACGGGAUAAUGAAGAUAUUAAACUAUAUCAAGAGGAUGUGAAAAUAUCCCAUUUUAAUAUACAUACAAAUGAUAAUAAAAACAAAAUGUUUGAUGAAACAAAUAAAUUAUAUGAUGAAGAUGAUGAACAAAUUGAAUUUACAAAUUUAAGAAAUUUUAAAAAAUUAAUAAUUAUAGAAAUACAAAGAUUUUAUUUACUAUUUGUUAAGUUGUUAAAAAUGUUAUUAUUAUUAAAUAGACAAAAUGGAUAUAGUAUAACAUGUUUUGAAUAUUUUUUUUUCAAACUAAUGAAAUUAAUAGAUAAUGAUAUUAUAGAUAUAUAUACGAAAAGAUAUAUAUUUAAAUUUUUGAAAUAUUUUACAAUUAAAAAAAAAUUCACAGAUAUUGUUAUUACGAAAAUUAACUUUUUAUAUUCUAAAUUAAAAGAAAAGAAGAAAAAAAUAUGUCAUAUGCUAAUAACAAAAGAAAUUAAAAAUAAUGAUAUGCUUUAUCCAUAUCUUAACAAAUGUAUAGAGGAAAAUUGUGUCAAUGAUGAUUUAUGGAAAAUUAAUGAUGAAAUGUGUUCAUUGUCGAAAUCUGAAUUGAUUAAAAAAGAUAGAGAAAUCGAUGAAGAGGAUGUUGAAAAAAAUUUAAAAGAUGGUAUUGUCGAAAAUGUAAAUGAUAUAGAUGACAAGGUUAAGGUCAAAAGAAGAAGAAGAAGACGACGACAAACAGUGGAUGGAAUAAUAAAUAAAACGUCCAUAGACGAUAAUGUUGAUAAUAAUGAAAUCAAAAUGGAAUUAAGUAAUAACAAUGUAGAUAAAACAAAUAAUCAAACAUGUAAUAAUCAAAAGGAAAAUGGUAAACAUGAAUCUAUAGAAGAAAAUGAACAAGAAAUAAAUAAUAAACUUAUAAAUGAAACUAUAAAAAAGGAUGUCGGAAUAUCCAAUUCUGAGCCUUUUAAUAUGAAUAAUAAUAUAAAAGAUGAAAAAUUAUAUGAUCAAAAUGGUAAUAAUAAUGAAACGAUUACAAUAAAUACAGAUGAACAAAAGGAAAGUAAACUAAUAAGUAUAAAUAAUAACCAAAAGAUAGAUGUUGAACAAAAUGAUGUAUCUAGACGUACCAAAAAUGAGAGGAAAAAAAGUUCCAAAUUUUUAUUAAACGAUCAAAAUGGUAAUAAUAUACAACCAAAUGAUGAAAAUCAAAACAUUCAAGAUGGUAACAAUAAUAAUAAUAAUAUUAAGAGAAGGAGAAGAACUCGAAAAAGAAAAGCAAAUGAUAAAUCGGGAGAAAAUCACACAUUAAAUGAAUCACUUAAAAAAGAUGGAAAUACAAAUAACGAUAUUUUGGAAGAAGAAGAUAAAAAAUGUACCUUGUCCGUAUACGAGAAGAAAGAUACAAAUGAUUUAAUGUGGUUAGAUUCGUAUGUUAAUUUUUAUGUAUAUACAAAUAAAAAAAAAAAAAAUAAUUAUGAUAAUAACAAUAAUAAUAUUUGUGAUGAUGGAUUUAAUACAGUCGAAUUAUUAAACGAGAAAACAAAUCAUUAUAUAUCAAAUAUAAGUUUGUGUUGUGAAAAUGUAAUAGAAGAAUUAAAAAAAUUUAAUUUUAAUAAAAUAUACAAUUUAGAAACAUUUAAAGAAUUAAAAUUAGAAAAAAAGUUUUAUGAAAAUAUAGAAUUAUAUUUAUUAAGUAUUUUUGUAUUUGAAAAAAAUAAAAAUAUAUGUGAUAUAUAUUCAUUUAAGGAAAAUUAUAAACAUAUAAACGAUUUAAUAGAAUAUUGUAAAAUGUGUAAUAUAGAAAAGGGACUAGAAAUAAUUGUAAAAUGCUUAUUUACUUAUUUAAGAGAAAUUAAAUUAGAUAAAAAAAGUUAUGUAUAUAAUAUGAUAAAAUUAUUAACACAUUCAUUCUUAUAUAUACCUUUUCGAAGGUAUACAGCAACUCCUUUUAUAUUUAUAUCUUUCUGUUCUUUAUUUAGAAAUUCAAGUCGUACGUUUAUGAAUAAAAUUAUUAUUCACAACUUCCUCAUAAUAUGUUAUUCUUAUAUUAUGCUAAUAAAAAAACAGCAAGUCGAUUUAAAGCGACAAAUGUUGAUUGAUAAAAGGAAAAAAAGAAAAGAAAAAAAAGGGAGUCAACAUAUGAAACAUGAUUUGGAAAAUGAAAAUUUAUUGGAUAAAAAUAUGUGUACGAUAAUGCAAUCGAAUGUAAUAGAAAAGACAAAGGGAGAAGAUAAUACAAAUAAUAAUAAUAUAAAUAAUAAUAAUAAUAAUAUAAAUAAUAAUAAUAUAUAUAACAAUAAUGUGAUUAAUAUAAAAGUUGAAAACAUUCCUUUUAGUUCUUACGGGGGAGAAGAAAAAGUUAAUAGAGAUAAAAAAAAAAAAAAGAAUAAUAAUAACAUUAAUGAAAUAAGAGAAGAUCUAAUCAAAGAUGUGGGAGAAUGUAUAAAUAAUGAUAAUUUGAUAAAUGAUAAGAAACCCUCGAAGGGUAAAAAAAGAACUAGUACUACAACAGAAGGUACACAAAUUGUUAGAAGAAGAAGACGAAGAAGUAAUAGUAGUACAAAAGAAAUUGAUAUAGAUAUUAAUAAUAAUAUAAAACUUUUGAAAAGUUUACAAAAUGAAGAAAAGGACUUAAGUUCUACAAAUAAUAAUAUUAAAAAGGAUAAUAUUACUAAUUUGUUGAAUAAUAAUAUGGAAACAUAUAAUAUACAAAUUCAAAAUGAAAUAGAAAUAGAUAAAAAAAAUAAUAAAAAAUAUUUAGAAGAUAAUUUAUUUUUACAUUUAAUUAAUUUUUAUAUAAAUUUCUCAUGUUCUGUUUAUUUUCAUUAUUUAACACACUAUGAAAAAAAUUUUGAUAUAUUGAAAAAUAUUAUAUUUUUAGGUUUAAAUAAAGUUUUGGAAAAGAAGGAGAAUAAGAAACUUUCUUGUUUUGUUUUGUCUUUAUUGUAUAUUUUAAUGUGUUUAUUAUUAAAGGUUAAAAUAAAAGAAGAGUAUAUAUUAACUUUAAAUAAACACAAAAGCAAUAGAUGUAGUAUGAAAAGGAAAGAAAAGCAUGAAGAAAAUAAUGGAUUUGUAACAAAUAAUAUUUCGAAGUAUAAUAUGCGUAGUGAUAAUAUACAAACAUCAACGGUAUCAAUGAAUUGUCUUAAUAAUGAUAAUAUGGAAAUUCAUCAUAAUAUUAAUGAUAAUAAUAAUAAUAAUAAUAAUAAUAAUAAUAAUAAUAAUAAUAAUAAUAAUAAUAAUAAUAUUAAUAAUAAUAAUAGUAAUAAUAAUAAUAAUAAUAAUAAUAAUAAUAAUAAUAAUAAUAAUAAUAAUAAUAAUAAUAAUAAUAAUAAUAAUAAUAAUAAUAAUAACAAUUAUUAUAAUAAGUGUGCUCCUAAUUAUUAUGCUUGUAAUAAUUAUCACACAAAUAAUGAUAUAAGGAAAUUUUUUGUAAAAUACCUUAUUAAUCUUAUAGAUGAAAAAGAAUGUAAGAAUAUUUAUCUUAUUAAUGAUAAGAAAUAUUAUAAAUAUAUAAAUAAAAUCAUAGAUAUAAAAAGUGAAGAAACAUUAAAUUAUUUUAAAAGCUAUUUUCCGAACAAAAUAUAUAAAAACAAAAUGGAUAAAUAUAUAGAAAAAAUAUUUGUUUUAAAUAAAAAAAAGAAAUUAUUUUUUAUGUCAUCAUUUAAUUUAAAAAAAAAUAUAAGAAAGAUUAAUUAUUAUAAUAGUAUAUAUUCUAAUAAGUUUUUAUUCAAUCUUUUAUCGGAACCAAUAUUAUUUGAAAAAGAUAAUAAUUUAUUAAUUAAUACAGAUUUCAAAAAAAAUAUGAAUCAUGAUAACAACAUGAUGAGAUAUAAUUUAUUAGAUUAUAUAAUAUAUACAUGUUUUUAUAUAAUUUUUUGUAAAAUAAAAUUAAUUAAAUUAAUGAAAAUUAUAUAUAAAAUUAAUAAAAAUGAUUGUGAAUAUGUACCAAUGAAUACAUAUAUAUAUAAUAGAAAAAAAUAUAGUAUAUGGCAAUUUUAUUUAAGUAUAGAAAUAUUACAUUUAAUUUUUUCAAAUAUUAAAUAUGUUCCAUUUAAUUCUAUCAAAUUAAUAUUAGAUAUAUUUUUAAAUAAAAUAUAUAUAUCUAUAUGUACACAUGAUAUAAAAGAAAAAAAAAAUUUAAAUAAAUUACAAAAUAUAUUUUACGAUUUUUUCUGUCAAACCUUUUAUACAUAUCCAGAAACAUUUACCCAUUUACCACAUUUUAUUUACCAGUAUCAAAAAACGUUACAUCUCUUAAAUUUAUUAUCAAACUCAGUAGUAUGUAAGAAGAAAAAACAAACACCAUCUUAUUAUUCUUUAAUUCUUGAAAUUAUGAAAACAUGUUUCCCCAAAAUUGAUUCAGAUGAUGUAAAUGAAGAAAAUGGAAAGAAAAAAGUAGAGGAGAAACAAGGUAUUGAAAAGUCACAAAGGAUGUUGAGAAGUAACAAGGCAAAUAAAACUUAA